CUCCAGUCUCUUCGUUCACUUGGUGUUGGAGUCGCCUACAGGAGAGAGGCUCUGUGCAGCAUGGCAGCCUGAAACCACUGCGAGCAAAAGGGAGGAGGGAGUAAAGCGGCAUUUUUUCCCUCUCGGCUGCAUUUUUCCUCGUCGUGCAUCUACUUUAAACACCGAGCGGACUUUAUCUGGGCGCACCGUGGAGACGAUCGUUGUGGAUUAUGUUCGCGUUUUGUGGAUAAAGCUGGAGUUUCCGUUUGUGUGGAGAAGUCGUAGAUCGAUGAGCGGAGACGGGCAGCCAAGAGAAGCGCCCUGCUGACAUAAGAGAGUGAGCAGAUUACAGUAGGAGCUCAGAGGAGCCAUGAGCCGGGCGCUUAUGGACCAUAUCUCCAGUAGUUUCCGAGAAGAUGCUCCUCGACCCCCGGUGCCUGGAGGGGAGGGCGAUGCGCCCUGCUACCCCACCAAACCCACAGUAAUGAAACCUUUGGAAUCUCCUAAGUCAGCUGUGCUGGGCUCUCCGAGCUCCUCCAGGAGGAACGAGGAUGGUCUUGGGGAGCCAGAGGGGAGUGCCUCCCCAGAUUCACCGCUGUCCCGCUGGACUAAAUCUUUGCACUCUCUCCUUGGAGACCAGGAUGGUGCUCUCUUGUUCAGGACAUUUCUGGAGCAGGAACAGUGUGUUGAUACUGUAGACUUUUGGUUUGCCUGCAAUGGCUUCAGGCAAAUGGACCUCAAAGAUCCCAAAACUCAGAGAGUGGCCAAAGCUAUUUACAAGCGUUACAUAGAAAAUGACAGCAUUGUUGCCAAACAGCUCAAACCUGCUACAAAAACCUUUAUAAGGGAUUAUAUCAAGAAGCAGCAUAUCGACUCUGCCAUGUUCGACCAGGCUCAGACAGAGAUUCAAAGCAACAUGGAGGAGAGUGCCUACCAGCUGUUCAUGACUUCGGACAUUUACCUGGAGUAUGUGAGGACUGGGGGAGAGAACCCCGCUCACGUCAGUGCCAACGGCCUGGCCGACCUCAAGGCAGUGUGUGGCUACAUGUCCACACUGCCGGAGGAGGAGGAGUGGAGCUGUGACUUCAAAACCAAAGCCCUCAUUGGACUAACCACCAGCGUGCAGCGGACCCCCAUGUCCCUGAGGGCAGUGGAGGUGAUGGAGAGGAGCUACAGAUCCUACAGGAGAGGAGGGCAGUGCCAUGGGGGCUCGUUCGCUCCUGUUUGCAGCACCAACGACAGUGAGGUGUCCAGUGACGCGCUGACAGACGACUCCAUGUCUCUAACCGAUGGCAGUGUAGAUGGCAUCCCUCCGUACAAACUGGGCUCCAAAAAGCAGCUACAGCGGGAGAUGCAGCGAAACAUGAGGAUGAACAGCCAAGUGUCUCUGCCUGCCUUUCCUCGUACUCGACGUCCCCCAAAAGAAGUUGUCCCAUUGGAGCCUGCUAAAUUUGCCAAGCAGCUGAUAGCCCGACUGGAGAGCCUCAAACAAGAGCAGGACAGAGGCGAGGAGAGGCUACAGCAGAUCCAAGAGGAGGAUGAACGAGAAGAUGCAGAGAUUUUGGGAAGCUCACCCCAGCUCUCUCACCACCAACUGUCCAUCCUGUCCGGCUCCUCUGAUGAAGACCCACAGGCCAUCCUCGACGAGCACUUAUCCCGUGUCCUGAAAAGUCCCGGCUGCCAAUCGCCCGCCGUCACCCGCCAUUCCCCCCGCUCCACCUCCCCUGAGCAACGGCCUCUCGCACUGGCACUGAAGGGCCUGGUGCGCUCCGGGACCCCUGUGUCAACACUGGAACAGGGGUCGGUCAUGGUCUCCCUGGGGCCAAACCGGACUGUGAUCAGCAGGCAGAGCACAAAGCACAUCCACCAUCACUACAUCCACCACCACGCCAGUCCCAAAAGCAAGGAGCAGAUCGAGAGGGAGGCAGCUCUCCGAGUGCACCGCCUAUGCUCCAGUGCAGAGUGUCAGCCCGGGCCGCCUUACCAACGUAGUCGCAGCCUGGGAAGAGAGAUGUGUGGAGCUGUUACCAUUGACAGCACCAUGGGGAGGUCCAGUUCUCUGUCCAGGUGCCUGUGCCGGCCUGGAGCAGAGGAUGGGUCUGCAGAGAGGUGCUCAGAGGAGUGUGUGGCUCUGCAGCUGCCCAGCGACACAACGGAUCCCGCCAAAAAUGUGCUGCAGUGGAUUUUGGAGAGCAAACGCCAAAGCAGGCACAAGUCUAGUAGCCAAACCACCAAAAAGGCAUUUGGAAGCUCGUCGACCCAGACUCACAUAUGGGGCGGGGGCGGAAGCUGUGGCCAUCUCCGGAGCCACCAACCAGCACAACCGUUCAUCCAAGACCCUGCCAUGCCCCCACUGCCCCCACCUAACACCCUAGCCCAGCUAGAGGAGGCCUGCCGGAGACUGGAAGAGGUCUCGACAAAGACCACCAAGCAGAGACAUUCGUUAUCCAGUGUCCCACGCGAGAAGAGCCAUUUAGUGCCUGUCCAGAGUGGGACAUUGAACCCGCAACCUCAAGCCAACUCACCUAGUCGCCAGCUCUCAAACGUCCAAUCAGAAGAGAUGAAGGAGCAUAAGAAAGCAAUAGGAAACGUCUCAGUGUGCAGUAUUGGGGAGACAGUGGUGACAUACUUCUUCUGUGGGGAGGAGAUCCCUUAUCGCAGGACCAUGAAGAGCCACAGUCUGACCCUGGGACACUUUAAGGAGCAGCUUCGUAAGAAGGGCAACUACAGGUACUACUUCAAAAAAGCCAGUGACGAGUUCGAAUGUGGUGCUGUUUUUGAAGAGGUAUCGGACGACUCCUCUCCACUGCCCAUGUACGAAGGAAAGAUCUUAGGAAAAGUGGAGCGGAUGGACUGAAGCUGUGGACAAUUCCCAAAGCUGUGGAUGUACUCCCAAAUCAUUCAACCGUGCUGUUGGACUAAGAUUACUGGACACUUCAAGAAUUCUAAACAGGACUAAAUCAUCAAGAGACUGAAUGAGGUGAAUGACCACUCUUAAAAGACUCGAGGCAGUGGACCAUAUCUGCCCCAUCUGUGCCCACUUCUAUGUAUAUGCACAUUGUAUGGUGAUCAUUGUUUUGCUAUGUAAUGGAUUUUAUUUCUAUUUAUUGGAAUCUACCCCUUUGACCUUCUCUGGACAAGCUGCUUGGAGAUGGUAUUCCAGUUUGUAAGCUUCAUACCUCUGGAAGAGCUCUUGUUUGAAACUAGAUGAACACUUCCAGUAUAUUCCCCUUAGAGUUGAAUUAUCAUAUAUCUACUACUGCAGCUCCACAUGUUCAGAAGAGCCCUGAUUGUAAUGAAAAUGGAAGAAAAAAGCUCUUAUAUUUGAAUCUGCUCUGGGACUCAGAGUUAGCCUUCGUUGGUCACAUUUUAGUGCCUUUUGUUUCAGUGGUCGCAGGCGUUGCACAAAAAGCCUGCAAAAGAGUCCCCAAAAUGUUUACACCAUUAUUCCCAACAGAAGCUCUAAGUGUCCCUGUGUGUAUAAAUGUGUGUGUAUGUGUGUGUGUACACUGUCGUGGCAGUGAAGUACAGUACUGUGCCUACAUGGGUUAUUGCCGUGUGUUACCCAAUUUUCAGGGUCUCGUUACUCCCUUGAUUUUUCCAAGGGCCCUUAUGUUAAAAAGAUAUUUUUAUGCCUUCAGCAUCUGAUUCAUCAUGUUUAUGUUUUAUAAUAUUUUCAUGGCUUCCUUGGCUCCACUUGUAAACUGUAAAUUAUGCGUUCUAUAGAGCUCAGUUGAAAAGAUGCCUCGGUACUUUAAUUAUUGUAAUUAUGAAGAGAUGUAGCCUUUAUUAAAAUGUUCUAUUUUUCAAAUUA